GCGCUGCCCAGUCUGGCUGUGGCACCGCCCGUUGUGAACGCGUACUUGCAAGCUCUCACCGGCCUCUGCUCCUCUACUGCGUCCGGGCCGCCCGCCCGUAGCCAUGAGCGCGCUCGGCCCGGGUAUAGCCCGCCGUCCUCUAGAUUAGUCCCCGCCGCUUCCUAGAACCCGUUUGCAGCAUGGAGUCGCCCGCCCCGAACCAGCCCGCCAGCAUGCCCCAGUCCAAAGGAAAAUCCAAGAAGAAAAAGGAUUUACGGAUAACCUGUGUGUCCAAGCCGCCUGUGCCCAAUCCCACACCUCCUCGGAAUCUAGACUCCCGGACCUUCAUCACCAUUGGAGACAGAAACUUUGAGGUGGAGGCUGAUGACCUGGUGACCAUCUCAGAGCUGGGUCGUGGAGCCUAUGGGGUGGUGGAGAAGGUGCGACAUGCGCAGAGUGGCACCAUUAUGGCUGUAAAGCGCAUCCGGGCCACGGUGAACUCGCAGGAGCAGAAGCGGCUGCUCAUGGACUUGGACAUCAACAUGCGCACAGUUGACUGCUUCUACACCGUCACCUUCUACGGGGCCCUCUUCAGAGAGGGAGAUGUGUGGAUCUGCAUGGAGCUCAUGGACACAUCCCUGGACAAGUUCUACCGGAAGGUGCUGGAGAAAAACAUGACGAUUCCAGAGGACAUUCUGGGGGAAAUCGCUGUGUCUAUCGUACGGGCUCUGGAACACCUACAUAGCAAGCUGUCUGUGAUCCACAGAGAUGUGAAACCGUCCAACGUCCUCAUCAACAAGGAAGGCCAUGUGAAGAUGUGUGAUUUUGGCAUCAGCGGCUACCUGGUGGACUCUGUGGCGAAGACGAUGGAUGCUGGCUGCAAGCCCUACAUGGCUCCUGAAAGAAUCAACCCUGAGCUGAACCAGAAGGGCUACAAUGUCAAGUCUGACGUCUGGAGUCUCGGCAUCACCAUGAUUGAGAUGGCCAUCUUGCGUUUCCCUUAUGAGUCCUGGGGGACCCCAUUCCAGCAGCUGAAGCAGGUGGUGGAGGAGCCGUCCCCUCAGCUCCCAGCUGACCGCUUCUCCCCCGAGUUUGUGGACUUCACUGCCCAGUGCUUGAGGAAGAACCCUGCAGAGCGCAUGAGCUACCUGGAGCUGAUGGAGCACCCUUUCUUCACCCUGCACAAAACCAAGAAGACGGACAUUGCUGCCUUUGUAAAGGAGAUCCUGGGAGAGGAUUCAUAGCGGGCUGACCUGGGAUUCCACUGGCCCUCCAGCACCCGAGUCCUCUCUGCUGGGGCAGUGCUUGCCCACAGCCAUAAGCUACUGCCAUCCUGGCCCUGGGCAUUCUGGGAGGAAUCGAGGGGGCUGCUCCUGCCUUGGCUCUGCAACCAGCCUUGUGUCUCAAGUGCCAAAGAACCAGAUCUUCCAGGACUCCCAGCUAGGCCCACGGGGGCCUCGUCAGUGCCUCUGCUCUGCUGCUCCAAGGACCCCAAGUCUCCACCAAGCCUUGGACUUGGAGGGGCCUGGGCACCCCACGUGAACUCUGCUGCCCCUCCUGGAGAAGGCAGCCAGUGCCUGUGUGGACGAGCCACCAGCUCGGGCCCCGCCUGCAUGCCACCCAAGUUGUAUAUUUUUUUUUUAUCUCAACUGAAUGGACUUUGCACACUUUGGCCCAGGGUGGCCACACCUCUGUUCUGGCCUCGUGUGGAGGACACAGUAGGGGAUGAGCCAUGUGAAUCCCUAAGUCUCUCAUGGGGUAACCUUCAGCUAUCUGGGGCCUUGACUCACCACUGGCUAGUGGCCUUGAGGGGCACACCUGUCCAGCCCCCUCACCACCUCUAAUAGUGUUGGGUCACUUUUA